AUGGCAGAAGGGCAGCGGGGAGUGCUGGCCAAGAGCAAAUCUAAAUAUAUUCUGGUGAGGAUGAAAAGUGCAGCCGAGACGGGCUACUGUUUCAACGUCAGGAGACUCCGACUGCAGGAGAAACUGGUCCUGCUGAGAUACGAUCCCAUCGGUUCUUUUUUUUUUUUCCCUACCGCGAAACAACGUGUCCUCUUCACAGAGAAGAGAAAAAUCCGCUCGAUAUGAACAAUGCCUGGGCUUGGUUUAUGCAUGAGGAUAGGAUGGUCUGGGGGCAGGACGGGGUGAACGCUGAUUCAGAAAUCCAGCAACAUGGGCUGAAAAGGGAGGAAAUGAACU